UUCGAUCACUGGUGGUGUAGCUAACGGCUAAGCUACGGGUCCAGCCAACAUGGAGAGGAAAGUUCUGGCACUGCAGGCGAGGAAGAAGAGGGCGAAAGCAAAGAAGACCAGCAAAAAGCAGCCAGCCAAUCCCAGAUCUCGACAGCAGCCCCAGCUAGAAGCCUCACCUCAGGAGCCCGAGGAACCUGAGGAGAUUCUCGGCUCUGAUGAUGAGGAGCAGGAGGAUCCUAAUGACUACUGCAAAGGUGGUUACCACCAUGUGAAAGUAGGAGACCUUUACAACGGAAAAUACCAUGUUAUCCGGAAACUGGGCUGGGGACACUUCUCCACCGUGUGGCUCGCCUGGGACAUCCAGGUGAAGAGGUUUGUUGCAAUGAAGGUGGUGAAGAGUGCAGAGCAUUACACAGAGACAGCAGUGGAUGAGAUCAAACUCCUCAGAUCUGUAAGAAACUCAGACCCCGAUGACCCCAAGCGGGAGAUGGUGGUCCAGCUGCUAGAUGACUUCAAGAUCUCUGGUGUCAAUGGAACUCAUGUCUGCAUGGUUUUUGAGGUGUUGGGGCAUCAUUUAUUAAAGUGGAUAAUAAAGUCCAAUUACCAAGGGUUGCCCCUGCCGUGCGUGAAGAGCAUCAUAAGACAGGUUCUCCAAGGCCUGGACUACCUGCACACAAAGUGUCAGAUCAUCCACACAGACAUCAAGCCAGAGAACAUCCUGAUGAGUGUCGAUGAGCCUUAUGUCCGCAAGCUCGCAGCAGAGGCCACAGAGUGGCAGAGGGCUGGGGCACCUCCUCCCUCUGGUUCAGCAAUAAGCACAGCACCUGCUCCAAAACAGACAGUAAAAAUGUCGAAGAACAAGAAGAAGAAAUUAAAAAAGAAGCAGAAGCGACAGGCGGAGCUGUUGGAAAAGUGCAUCCUGGACCUGGAGGAAAUGGAAAAGACCACAGAGACAAGAGAGGAGGAAGAUGAUGAAGACGAGGAUCCACAGUCUCCAAAGGGACGGGUGUGUGCCCCUCUCAGACAGGUGUCUCUUCAGGAGCUAGGAAAUGAGGAAAAAGGGGAGAGCAGUGUGCUUGCAGACCUCAUGAGGGUGGGACCAGAGGGGCUGUCGGAGGUGAACUGUAAUGGCCAUGUAGAGGUGGAGCAGAGACAGUCCCAGUGGACGGACGAAGACCAACACAAUGGCAAUUCAGAGCCCUCGGAGAAAUGUGUCAGUCAGGAGGAACAACAACACAAGGAGUUUCCUGUCCAGACCAUCCCCAACGGUGUGGACUUUGCCGAUCUCCACGAGCUGGACACUGAGACUGAAGGCAGGGGCGCUCACGGCAGUGGAGUUACUGAACGACACCUUCCUGCUGGGCUGGAAGAAGGAGAGCUGGAGCAAAGCCUUUUGCAGGAGGAGGGAGAGGAUGGGCCUGACUAUGAAUAUAGAACCCAGGAAAGCCUGAGAAACGGAAAGCUAACAGCAGGAUCCCUGCUAGUUAACCCCCUUGAGCCACUCAAUGCAGACAAGAUCAAGGUCAAGAUUGCAGACUUGGGAAAUGCCUGCUGGGUGCACAAGCACUUUACAGAAGAUAUACAGACACGGCAGUACCGGUCCUUAGAGGUGCUCAUUGGUGCCGGAUACAGCACACCGGCUGAUAUAUGGAGCACAGCUUGCAUGGCCUUUGAGCUCGCCACAGGGGACUACUUGUUUGAACCACAUUCUGGGGAAGAUUAUUCCAGGGAUGAAGACCAUAUAGCGCUGAUCAUUGAGCUGCUGGGGAGUGUCCCACGCAAACUAAUAAUGACCGGCAAAUAUUCCAAGGAUUUUUUCACCAAGAAAGGGGAUUUGAAACACAUCACAAAACUGAAGCCGUGGGGACUGCUGGAGGUGCUCAUCGACAAGUACGAGUGGCCCCGUGAAGAAGCCGAGUGCUUCACUGACUUCCUGAUUCCCAUGUUGGAGCUGAUCCCUGAAAAGAGAGCCACAGCCGCAGAGUGCUUGCGCCACCCAUGGCUCGCCCUCUAGUGGAGUCUUCCAGCCCUUGCACCUCCCCUCCCUCUCACUUUCUCCAGAGACUGCAACAGAUCACUUUCCAGUUUGGGCAUAUCAGAUGAAUAUUUAUUUCUCUUUUUGUUUCUUUUUUGUUUUGUUUUUUUUGGAUUUCUUAUGUUCUUGUUAUUGAGCUAAUGCUUCUGUGUAUGUUUGCUUUGUAUUCGUUGGUUCUUCUCUCGGUGUGAUGACGUCAGGAAUCCAGUGGAUUGUAUUUCUUUGUGGUUAUGUUGGCUCCAACUGCUGUGCUCCGUUCACCCAUCCAACCAAGCAAACCUGUUAUUGUACUGCUAGUGACUCAUCCUUGUUUGUUACACUCCUGCACUAAAACCCAAACAAACCAAGGAUAUGUAGCCUUUAUUGGUCAUUUAUGUCCCCUUUAAAAAGGACUCGCUCUCACUUUCUUCAUACGUUUUCAUUAGUGCUGUGUUCUUUUUUUUUUCU